UGCAGGAAACCAACUAGCAGGAAUAAUAAAUAGCUAAGUGUUUUUCUCUCCUAUAUGAUCAGACCUAACUGUACCUUUCCCCUUCCGUCCCAAUGUUUACAGUAGAUAUAGCUUUAAGAAGAAGAUUUGAGGAACAUAGACUGUUAUGCUGCUCUCUCUGGUUCAAAGGUAAUAUGUGGAUGUUCAGUAGACCCCCUAUGUGACUGGAUUACUACAGCUCCAAGGAGUCCGCAGACGACAGACACCGCCGUACAGAUCCGGUGUAUGUUGGUUACCAGCAGCAGUUGCAGGCUACUGUCAGAGGUGGGGAACAGUCUUUGGAUAUGCAUCAACUAUCAGCAGAGGAGCCAGUCGCCCCGGAUUCAACCCUGAACCUCUCCCCUUCUCAUCCUCCCUCCCCCUCACCAUCCCCUUCUCCCCCUCCUCCACUGUCUCUCUCCCCCUCUUCUCCUCUUUCCUGUGGUGUGUUCCAGUGCCUGGUGUGUUCCAGUUUCUCCUCUGACAGUGUGGAGUCUCUUAUGUCUCACCUGAGCACCCCCUGCUCCCUGCCCCGUUCUGAGUGGCGCUCUCUGGUGGCUGGAGGCUGCUAUUGCAGGCUGUGUGGCUACAGCACCCCCCUCAGUGCUAACUUCACCCUGCACUGCCAGACAGACAGACACAGGGCCCAGUACCAGCUGGCUUCCCACCUCUGGGAGAAGGGGGAGGCCGGGGACAGGGAGGAAUUUGGGAAGUUGGUUGCUACAGGCAACCCAGUCCAGCUGAAGUGUAACUUGUGUGACUUCCAGACCACCAGCUUGGAGAAACUGAAAAUACACAGCAACAACCCCCAACACCAGGCCAGCCUCAGAGUCUACAGGUUCUUACAGCAGUACGACAGUGCAGUAGAUGGAGGGUCCUGGUUGUUCCACUGUGUCCUGUGUAACUACUCCUCCUGUUCUAAACUCCACCUAUUGAGACAUACCCACUCCCCUGGUCAUCAGAAGAGGGAGCUUCUCUACUUACAGUUAGUGAGAGGCAGGAGCCUGGAGGAAGGGGAGGGGCUAGUGGAUACUUUCACCAUUAGGAAGUGUCCCAGUCCUGAGACAGGUGGAAGCAUUGAGGAGGAGGGGGAGAGGAGAGAUUCCCUUUCUCCAGCCAAGAGAUCAUUCUCUAGGCUGGAGGAGACACAGAGCCCCCUCUCUCCCAAACGCCCCAGAACAGACCAGCGCUCUACUCACCAACAGGCUACUGGCAAGUGCCCACUGUGCCAGGACACAGUGGUAUACACACACCUGAGACGCCACCUCAUACUCACACACAGUGUGUUCCAGGACUGUGUGGACAGGCUCAUGAGUGUGGUGGCAGUGGAGCGGCCAGAGAUUCUGCAGAAAGAGACACUGCAGAUGGAGUCCCACUCAAAUAUAAAGGAAUCUCAAACAAACGAUUGCAACACAAACAGCUCUUACAUGAAGGAAUCCCUCACAAACGAGUCUCAAACAAACAACUACCAUACAAAAAAAGAAAAAGUAAUCACAGCCAAAGAUGUCCCUGCUCUUCUGUCCCCUCCCUGUGAGGACCAGCACCCAGCAGAGGACAACACCUCUCACCUCCUUGAGUCCCCCAGCUCUCCCCCUUCCCCACCCACUCUUUCCUCUCUCUCCCCCAGCAACCUCCCUUCAUCCACCUUACCCCUGUCUCCUCCCAGUGAUGCCCCUCCCCCCUCUGAUUUUCAUGGUUUUAGGUUUCUCUGCGGCAGGUGCAGUCUAGCGGUCCGAAGGCAGAACCACGCCAUGAGGGCGGCGACAGAGUGCCACCUCUGCCCCAGACGGUGCCGCAGCCAAGAGGCCCUGCAGAGACACCUGCUCAACACACACCUACAGGACCUACACCUACAGGGUACAUACCCUGACCAGAGUGGAGCACACAUCCAACAACCAAUCAGCCUGGAGGGGGAGGAAGAGGAGGGGGAAAGUAUGAGUGAAGAAGAGACAGAUAAGAAAGAGAAAGAUGAUGAGGAGGGGGAGAGAGAGCAGGGAAAGGGAGAUGAAGGAGAGGAUGAAAAGGAUGACCCAGAUGAGUUGGAGGAGAGGCCCAGUUCAGGGGUUGGUGACAGUGACCAGGGUUCAAGGCAGCAGGAGGAGAAGGAGGCAGGGUCAGAACCCAACCCCUUCAGCAAGGGCUCCAACCCCACUCUGGAGCGGAUUUUGGACCCGGCUCAGCCCUACAAGUGUUCCUUCUGCUGUGAGUCCUUCACUCAGAGAUCCAUCCUGCCGGUCCUCUAUAACUCUCUGUCCCACCGAGCCAGAGCCAGAUGGGUCCUGCAGGACUCCAGCCCCAGUUCCCCUCACACCCGCUGCAGCCCGGACCCAAGUUCCUACCGCUGCAGAAUGUGUCGGGUGGCUUACAGCCAGAGUUCCGCCCUGGACAUUCACCUCCGCUCUGUACUGCACCAGACACGAGCCCGUGGAGCUCGGACCCAGCUAUCACUGAAACCCCACACCCUCCAAACCCUAGUUCCAGCCUUGGUUCAGACCACUGCCUCCAGCCGUUCACCAGGGGGAGGAGGGGUAUCCACCAGGGGAACUCCCCCAACAGCCACCAGAUCAGCCCCUUCCUCCCCAAGUCCCUGUUCCUCCCUCAGUGAAGCCCAGCUGAGUGUGGGUGUCUCUGGGAAGGCUGAGGGCCACCAGGCUAAGAGGCGGAGAGUAGAGGACCUGACAGCAUCUGGAGGAAAGCAGGACCUAACGUUACUCCAACAGCAGUUAGCCCAGGCCCAGAUGCUACAACAGCAACAUAAGUUAUCCCAGGCCCAUAUACAGGAACACACAGUCCUCCUCCAGCCCCAGCUCUUUAGUCCAACACUGCUCCCGCACCUCCCCUUACUGCAGCAGAACCUCUUAAAGCAGUUCCUCCCUUCAGCAGCAGAGAGUCUCCAACAGAGGAACCUCCUCUCUCCACUCCAGUUCUCCCCAGACAGCCUGUUUUCUCUACAGCAGCAGAUGCUCCAGUCCUUCUACCUCUCUAGAGAUCUGCAGCUCAACCCUAACAUGAACAUUAGUCAGAUCACCUCAGCCCUCUCCCUCCAGACCAUCGCUGCCCUCUCCUCUCAGACAAAUGGGCUUAAACAUCCCUCUCCAAAGCUGGUGACAACUAGCAUCCAGUCUCCAGCCCAGCCCCCGAAAUGUGAGACCCAGGCUGAAACAGCUGACAGUGACUCCCCCCUUCACCAGAUGGAGAAAGAGUCAAAUCCAUCCUCAUCUCCUGAGGGAGGUGGAGAGAUGCAGGAGAGUGAGAAGAGGGAUGGAGCAGAGAAGGCCCUCAGAGUUCUGCUGGAGAGAUAUGGCUGGGAGCUGGCCCUGCAAUCCAAUCAGAGCAGACAGAGACAGCAGAACAGAGAGAUGGAGGGAUGCCUGGAGGAGGAGAAGCAGUGUGGAGAAUGUGGGAAGCUGUUCUCUGACUCAGUGAUCCUGAAGAGCCAUCAGGAGUUUGUUCACCAGCAAAUGAUCACUCCGGUAGUGUUGGAGACGUUCUCCAGACAGUAUGACUGCCUCUACCCCCUCACACCCUUCCCAGUGGGGGACAAAGAUAAUACUGUUGUUGCACAUCUAACCCCAGCCACAGCACUUGUACUUGCACCCUUACCCCCAGCACCAGUCUCAGAUUCAAUCUUUGACCAAGCCCAAUCCCUCUCCCAAGCCUCCAUAGGUCCAGAUCAAGCUGUACCCACCACACCGGCAUCUGUACCUGUAAACUGUUCCACAGACCAAGCCCCAGUUAAUUCCUUCUGCCCAGCCCAAGCCUCACCAACACCCUCUCCUCCUCCACCCUCUUCCCAAACACAACCACUUCCAGAGCAGCAGCAGGACACUACGACAUCGACAACCACCCCUGCCCCCUCUCCAACUAUCAUACCCCAGUCCAAUCUCUCCAUGCAUUUCCCCUUAUCCCAUCUCCCCCUGCCCCCUCUUCCUUUACCAAGCCUCCCCACUCUUCCCUUCCCCAUAGACCUCUCUCUCCUCCCCCUUGGUCUAAUGCAGCCCAUAGUACUCCAGGCUAUGCUUCAGUACCAGUCCCUGUUAUCAUCUGGCCACCAACCACCCCUAUCCCUAUUCACCAACGCUCACUCCACCCACAAACCAUCUCUACCCACAUACACUAACACACACUGUGCUCCUAGCCCAUCUCUAACCUCAUAUACGAACACACACUGUGCUCCUAGCCCAUCUCUAACCUCAUACACGAACACACACUGUGCUCCAAGCCCAUCUCUAACCUCAUACACGAACACACACUGUGCUCCUAGCCCAUCUCUAACCUCAUACACGAACACACACUGUGCUCCUAGCCCAUCUCUAACCUCAUACACGAACACACACUGUGCUCCAAGCCCAUCUCUAACUUCAUACACGAACACACACUGUGCUCCAAGCCCAUCUCUAACCUCAUACACGAACACACACUGUGCUCCUAGCCCAUCUCUAACCUCAUACACGAACACACACUGUGCUCCUAGCCCAUCUCUAACCUCAUACACGAACACACACUGUGCUCCUAGCCCAUCUCUAACCUCAUACACGAACACACACUGUGCUCCUAGCCCAUCUCUAACCUCAUACACGAACACACACUGUGCUCCUAGCCCAUCUCUAACCUCAUACACGAACACACACUGUGCUCCUAGCCCAUCCCUGCCCUUUCUGAAGUGUAGGCUGGAGGAAGGGACAUCGGUAACACCUAUGAGGGAUGUGAUGGACGGUGAGAGAGAGGAAGAGGGAGUUAGAGAGGGUGAUGAGCAGAGGAGGGAUAGGCGCCAGAGGACCACCAUCAGUUCAGAGCAGCUAGAGGUUCUGUACCAGCGCUACAGUCUGAACUCCAACCCAACCCGCUCUGUACUGGAGGGCAUCAUCAGGGACACAGGCCUGAAGAAACGUGUAGUGCAGGUAUGGUUCCAGAACACCAGGGCUCGUCAGAGGAAGGGCCAGCUCCAGACCCUGGGGAGAGGAGGAGGUCUGGGUGAGAACCACAGGCGCUGUCCAUUCUGCAGGGCUCUCUUCAAGGCUCAGAAUGCCCUGGACGCCCAUGUCAAGGCCCACCACUGUUCACAGACCGACAGAGUUGCCUAUGGCUCAUUUAAUCAGAUGGGUCCUGCAGAUGACUCCAGCUUCUCUCACAACCAUUGAUCCUACAGAGACAGGGAGGGUCACUCUCUCUCCAUCCAGCCUUUUCCCUCUCUCUCCCAGCAUCCUCCUCUCUCUCUCUCUCUCCAUCCCUCCCCAAGCCUGUUUCAUCCCUCCCCAAGCCCAUGGGGCGUCCCCGCUGAGAGAAAAUACAUUUCUGGGAAAACCGAUUUGUCCUUUGACCUGAACAAACCCCAAAUUGAAGAGGAGGAGAAAGAAAAGAAAGAACAUCUGUCAGUAAAAAAAAUCCCUUUGUCUGACCAGGCCCAUCAAAUCAAAUUUAUUGAUAUAGCCCUUCGUACAUCAGCUGAUAUCUCAAAGUGCUGUACAGAAACCCAGCCGAAAACCCCAAACAGCAAGCAAUGCAGGUGUAGAAGCACGGUGG